CUGAGGAAAUUCAUGAGUCUUCCAGCAGAGCAAGCCUUUCACCUUCAAAUGCAAGCUGCAUGCCUGCAGAAGGAGUGAACAAGAGAGCCUUCAGUCCCUUGCGGAAAGGAUUGAAAAGCGACCCUGUGCUUCUGCACUGCCAGUUGGCUCAAGGGACAGUGCUCAACUGUGAAACUGCAAUAUAGAAUGAUGUAAAACAACAACUUCACACUGUCACUUUGUGGAAGAGUUCAAAAGCAAGAACGUUGAGGGCAAGACCCCAUCUGAUAGACUACAAGUCUUACAUGGACACUAAAUGGCUUGUGGCAUGGAUCCCUAAGCAGUCCUCGUGCAGCAGAGGCCCUGACAUACAUGAGUUGGUGGAAAAUACCAAGUCCAUUUUAAGAUCAGAUGACAAACACACGGCAGAAACCAUCACCAGUGCCACUUUGCUUGAGCAGGUGAUGGCACCCGCCCAGCAAGUCAUGUCAUUGAGAGUCCAUAUGUUACCUGUCAGAUGGCAUCCUGGAUUGCUGUACCUGGAGAGUUGUGGUGAUCUGAGUACUAUCACCACAGAUGAAGACCACGUAGCACAGAGGAGGAUCCAGAGAGCAGAAAAUGAAUGGCCUCACAGUCUUACUGGUGUUUUCAGGGAAAGUGUACUUUGA